GAAAAAGGCACUCAAGGACCAGGAAGAAGCAUAAAAGGUGAAGAUCUGAAGACACAAAGCAAUUACAGCACUGGGUUCCAAAACUGGAUAUCCAUCCAUCCAUCUGAUCAAAUCUGAUCCCAUUCCAUCCAUCUAUCCAUCCAUCCGGGGUCUGCAGACUUUCUUAUAUGUGAAAAAAGGGGCUCUUCAAGGAAAAACGGAGAAGACCACCGGGGACUUCGCAGAACAUCAGAGGGUGCAGGUUAUCCUUCUGAGACAGGACAAGCAUCAGCACUGGCACUUAAGUGCCGAUCAGAGGGUCUGUUUUAAGGUGUUGAUGAUCCUUCUGUAGCGUCUCAGUUGCAAUGUGGGGGUGCACCAUGCAGAUACAAGAUUUAAUGGUGAGCCUGGCUCUACUCUUUUUUGGGGUUCAAGCUGUUCCUAACCCAACCAGCAAACUAGUGAGGACCGCACGAGUGAGGAGACAGGCUCCAGAUGGUGGGGGUCUGCCUAACAACGAGACCCAGCCCAUGGUCUUCAAUCAUGUAUACAACAUCAAUGUACCUCUAGAGUCCCUGUGCUCUGUGGACCUGGACACAGUACCAGGUCCAGGGACCAAAGGUUCACCUGGCAGUGAUAAGAUACCAACUGAGUACACUGAAGAGACUAUGGACUCGGACAGCCAGGUCACCUUCACCCACCGCAUCAAUAUCCCAAAGCAGGCCUGUGCUUGUCCCGCGGCUGCCACCAUGCAACAGUUGGCUAACCGUAUAGAGAUGCUGGAGAGGGAGGUGUCUCUGCUUCGAACACAGUGUAGCUCUAGCUGCUGUGGAGAGAGCUCUCUCAUGGGUCGCUUGGACUUCGUCCCUCAGUGUGGCAGUCAUGGCACCUUCAACAUGGAGGUUUGUGGAUGUUUGUGUGAAGAAGGCUGGAUGGGCAAGAACUGCUCUGAACCUCGCUGCCCAGACAACUGCUCCGGCCAGGGCAUUUGCAUCGAAGGCGAGUGCGUAUGUGACCGUAACUUUGGCGGUGAGAACUGCUCCGAGCCUCGCUGUCCAGGUGAUUGCUCUGACAGGGGGUUUUGUAUCGAUGGGGAGUGUGUUUGUGAGGAAGCCUAUGCCGGAGAGGACUGCUCUCAGGGAAGAUGCCUGAACGACUGCUCAGAUCAAGGAGCCUGUGUGAACGGAACCUGCCAGUGUCGACCUGGCUUCCUGGGUGAGGACUGCUCUCUCAUCUUCUGUGCCAACAACUGCAGCCAGAAAGGCGUGUGCAAGGAUGGGUUCUGUGCCUGUCAAGAGGGCUAUACGGGAGAUGACUGCGCUUCAGCGUCACCUCCUAUGAAUCUGCGAGUCCGAGGAGUUUCAGAACAUACCAUUGAUCUGGAGUGGGAGGGGUCUAGGAUCCUGACAGACUUCCUGAUCACAUUUGCCCCUACAACCCCUGGUGGAGUCCAGCUAGAGAUCAGAGUUCCAGGAAACGUUACCAACACCACCAUCAAAGGGUUGAAGCCCGGUCUGGAGUACAACAUCAAUGUGUAUGCAGUCAUCAACGACAUUAUCAGCUCACCAAUGAACACCUUGGUCUCAACCUAUCUCUCGAAUCCAGACGGUUUACUCUUCAAAUCCAUCAUGGAGACAUCCGUGGAGGUUCAGUGGCAACCAUUAGACUACUUGUUUGAUGGUUGGGAAAUAAGCUUCAUUCCCAAGGACAACGAUGGAGGGAUGACAGCACAACUGCCCAGUACUAUCACAUCAUUCCACCAAACAGGGCUGAGGCCUGGAGAAGAAUACACUGUCAACCUGGUGGCCUUGAAAGACCAAGGCAGGAGCCAGCCUGUUACUGCAACUUUUACCACAUUAAUCGAUGGACCUACACAGCUUAUUGUACGAGAUGUCUCAGACACAGUUGCAUUUGUGGAGUGGACCCCACCCAAGGCUAAAGUCAAUCAGAUUAUAUUGCGGUAUGGGCUGGAGGGAGUGGAAGGACCAAAGACCACCUUUCGCCUGCAACCUACUUUGAGCCAGUACUCCCUCCAAGUCCUGAGGCCUGGAUCCUCAUAUGAAGUAUCUGUCAGUGGAGUCCGGAAUGGCAAUGAAAGUGGAGCCAUUUCAACAACAUUCACUACAGAAAUCGAUGCACCAAAGAACUUACGUGUGCUGUUGAAAACAUCCACCAGUCUGGAGCUGGAAUGGGACAAUAGUGAGGCAGAUGUUGAAGGUUACAGGGUGGUUUACAGCACAUUAGCUGGAGACCAGUACGAAAAGGUUGUUGUCCCACGCAAUGAUGGAGCCACCACAAACACUACCCUCACUGAUUUACUGCCUGGCACAGAGUAUGGCAUAGGGAUUUCAGCUGUUCUUGGUGCCAACCAAAGCACCUCAGCAACAAUGAAUGCUAGAACUGGGCUGGAUGUCCCAUUGGAUUUGACAGUCACAGCCUCCACAGACAACACCAUCACCCUGCUGUGGGGCAUGGUGCAAGGGCCUAUUGACCACUACAGGGUGACUUACACCUCUUCUACUGGAGUCACAACUGAGCUCACUGUGCCCAAGGACAUUACAACUACCACACUGACAGGUCUAGAUCCAGGCACAGAGUACACCAUUACAGUUGCAGCACAGAGAGGAAGGCAACAGAGUACUGCAGCCACUAUUGAUGCCUUCACAGGGUUCCGCCCUAUCACACAGCUUUACUUCUCUGAUGUCACAUCUGAUUCAUUGACUGUGGCUUGGAGUGCUCCAGCCCCACCUUCUGACGCAUUCAUCUUGAACUACAGUGCCCAGGACUCCAGUGAUGAUUCUGAGAUUGCUCUAGACGGGUCCAAAACCAGAAUCACCCUCACUGGUCUACUGCCCUCCAGGCGGUACACUGUUACCUUGAUAACCAUGCAUGGCAAUGUGACCUCAAAGCCAGUUGUAGGCUCAGUCACAACAGGAAUGGACCCUCCCAGAGACUUGACUGUGCUGUACGUCACAGAGGAAUCUGUGACUAUAUCAUGGAUUCAACCAAUCGCACCCUUUGAUUACUACAAAAUGUCUUACCAAUCACCAAGAGGUAGGAUGGACAAUGUGGUGAUUGAUAAUGAUGUCAUCAACUACACACUGACCAGCCUCCAUCCAGCAGCAGAGUAUGAGAUCAAGAUGAAUGCAGUGAGAGGAAGCCAAGAGAGCAAGAUCAUCACCACAACUGUUUUCACAGCCAUGGACAUGCCUAUGGAGCUCAUGGCCCUGAAUGUCACACCCCAGGGGGCUCUCGUGCGUUGGAUCCCUCCUGUCUCUAGUGUUGAUAACUAUGUGCUCACCCUCACUCAUAACCAAGUUACAGCAGACACCUUUCUAGUGGAGGGUAACAAGCAGGAAUACCAGCUGAGUCAGCUCAUUCCCAGCACCACGUACUCGGUGGCCCUCUAUGCCACCAAAGGCCCUCUUACCAGUGGUACUGUCAUCGCCACCUUUGUCACACCCAUGGAUGCACCGCAGAACCUGACAGCCAGCGAGGUCAAUCACCGGAGCGCCCUUAUAUCCUGGCAACCACCCAUUGCAGACAUCGAUAACUACAUGCUGACCUACAAAGCAGCGGAUGGCAGUCGAAAGGAGCUGAUUUUAGAUGCAGAGGACACAUGGAUCCGUCUGGAGGGAUUGGCAGAGACCACUGAAUAUACUGUGAGAUUGCAAGCCGCCAGAGGUUUGCAGACCAGCGCCAUUGUUUCUACCUCUUUCACAACAGGAAACCGAUUGUUUCUGACGCCACAGAACUGUGCACAACACCUGCUGAAUGGAGAGAACUUGAGUGGAAUCUACACCAUCUACAUCAACAGAGACCUUAGUCAAGGUGUGCAGGUCUACUGCGACAUGACCACCGAUGGAGGCGGCUGGAUAGUGUUCCAGCGACGUCAGAACGGUUUGACAGAUUUCUCCAGGAAGUGGAGUGACUACAAGAUUGGCUUUGGCAACCUGGAGGAUGAGUUCUGGCUCGGUUUGGACAACAUUCAGAAGAUUGCCACUCAAGGACGUUAUGAACUCCGCAUUGAUAUGAAAGAUGGCCAGGAGUCAGUAUAUGCCAACUAUGACAGGUUUUCCAUUGGAGAUUCCAAGAGCCACUACAAACUGAGGAUAGGAGAAUACAAUGGCACUGCAGGUGACUCUCUGAGCUACCACCAGAGCAGACCUUUCUCUACCAAGGACAAGGACAAUGACAUUGCUGUCACCAACUGUGCCCUGUCCUACAAGGGAGCCUGGUGGUACAAAAACUGUCAUCGGGCCAACCUCAAUGGCAAAUAUGGAGAGUCCAGACAUAGUCAGGGUAUAAACUGGUAUCACUGGAAAGGCCAUGAGUUUUCCAUCCCUUUUGUGGAGAUGAAGAUGAGACCGUUCAACUACCGCAGCAUCAGCGGCAAGCGGAGGAGGUCCACCCAUUAAUCCACUGUCCUAUAGCUGUUUCUAUUUUUAAAUAGGAGGAGGAGGACACAAGGAGUGAUGUAACUUAUUUAAACAUUUGAAUAACAAAAUCCCUUCGACGAAUGUCUGAUGUAAAUUGUAAACCUUGAGGUUUCAGUGACAUAUGUGUAAUGCUAUUUGUUAAGUUCUGGGAGAUUUAAAGAUGCGGUAAGGUUUAGUAUAGUUCAACACGUUUUCCGUGUGAAGCUUGAAGAAAGUACCUCAGUAUUAAGUGAAGAAGAGAUCAUUUUUCCCUUUGAGUUAAUAAGAUUUUAGAAAAAAAAAAAAAAGAGAGAGAGAAUGCCAAUUAAAAAUGAGAUGCUUCUAUUUUUAUAAAUGAUAAGAAAUACCUUUAAAAAGUAACAGAAUGAUGUUUGGUCAAUGAUUCAUUCAUUAUGAUUCAUGCUCCUGUGACCCAUUACAGUGCUAUAUUUUGCUUUUAUGGCACUCUGAAGCCAGCAUUAUUUUAUUAUAUUAUAUUUUGAUCUCAUCCUUAUCACAUAUUUACUGUUGUCAGUUGUACUGUCAAAGCAUUGCCGAGGACAAAAUUCCAAACAUAAAACAGGAUUUUCCAGGAAAACGCAAAAGAUUUGUAUUAUGAAACCUAAACUGCAGAAACCAAAGAUUUAUUAAAUAUAUGGGGUUAGAAAAAAGAUUGAUCUAAAAGAUGAAAGAGAAUUAUUUGUAUGUAAAGAUGGUAUAAUUUUUAGACAUGCCAUCAAGUUAAAAUGAAGCUGAUGUCCAUCACUUAAGUUAGUUUAAAUCAUUAUGAAUACAUAUACGUGAGCAUACAUGUGCAUAUGUUUAGGGUGCUACAGGUCAGCAGACAUAUGCUUUUCAAUCAGAUAAUUUGCAUCACAUUUAAUCAAAUUUUUUUACCAUUCUUUCCAAGGUUGGCCAUUAGAUAUUAUUACAUCUCCCCACAUAGAUAUCUUAAUUUAGUCUAAAGGAAUGAUUCUUCUCAUUUAUGCUUCAGAAGUGGUUUUAUACAUGGUAUUAUCAUGUAUAAAUACAAUGAUACAUUAGAUCCAAACUAAGGUCACUUAUGUGUACUCAGUCAGGAGAGUUCUUUCCAUAGCUCUGUCUUAUACUACAUAAUUUUGAGUGCUAAACUUUUCUUUUUCCUGUAGACUUGAAAGAAUAAUAGUUUCUGUCUGUGUCUUGGUAAAUUCUCUAGGUUACUAACAAUUCAUAGUUAAUUGCGGUAUGUGUUUGCUUUUGCAGUACUAGAUUCAGAAGGAAGUAAUGUAUGAAGGGUUCUUUUAAUAUAUUUCUGUUCCUUUUCAUACAAAGUCAUUCUGACACCUGCUGAGAAACAGUCAAGAAACUGCUUUAAAAUUUUAAAGACUUAAACACUUACAUCAAUACAAUAACUCAUAAAAGCAGUGCAACUCUUUUUUUAUUUUAUUUUUUUAGAUUUUUUAACUAACAAGAGUAUAUUAUUUUGUUCUGUUGGUUAAAAUUGCCUCUAUGUAUUUUGUACAUUGACUGAAAGGUUUGUGAAGGAAUACGACCAUGUCAGAUUUUUUUUUUUAAACUGUUCCUCAUGCAAUUUAAAUCUUACCUCAGCAUGUUAAUAAUUCUUUUUCUACUUGCACAUUACCCACUAUGGUAUCACGAAAGACACAAGGCAGAGAGCACAUUUACAUGCAUGGUUUUCUAACAAUUAUUCUUAAUAAGCUGACAAAAUAUAAGGUCAUGUAAAUGCCUUAAAUGUUUUUCCUUUAUUGGAGCCAUAAAGGUCAUAAACAGUUUAAGCAUAAACCGAUCAACACAGGUAGAUCUUUGCCCAUUAUCCCGAUUUCGUGUUGCAUGUAAACACCUGUACUUGCAUUCUUACUGGCUUAUCCAAUGUGUGCAAGUGUUGUGCACAUGGCAGUUACAUUUUGACAUAUAAAGCAGAGAAUAAUCCAUUCAAAAACGGCUAGGCCCAUAUUAAAAACACAACAUAAAAGGUGUAACACUGAAAAAAAUAAAUAAAAUAGCAAUACACAUUUCAGCAGUCCAAAAAUGUCCAUCUUGCAUAUGUUUACAUAGACAAAAAAAAAAAAAAAAAAAUGCACAUGGAGGCAAAAAUGUGUCCUGUGUGAAGGGGGCCCUUAAAGGGAUAGUUCACCCAAAAAAUGAAAAUUCUCUAAUCAUUUACUCAUGCCAUCCCAGAUUUGUAUGACU